GGGAUUUUGGUGGGGUCGAGACGAGAAGACAGAAGAUCCAGACCGUGCAGAGGAAAGGUGAUCAGCCCAAAGUGAAGUUUGCAAGAUGAACGUUGUCUCAGAGAGAGGACCGCCAUGCUCCCCCCUGGUCUCCUGGUCCUGCUGGUCCUGCUGGUCCUGGUUGGCAUCCCUGCUGGUGCUGCCGGUCCUCUCUUCCUCCUACUCUUCUUCCUCUUCCCCAAGUACCAGAGAGCCGCUGCAUCCGGUGGCAGUCGAGCGGGCUUCCUGGGAAGGACGCUGGUUCUGCUGGACGUCAACACCCGCAGUCCGAUCCGAGUCCUCAACGACAACUUCCUGUCCUUGCAGUUGGACCCGUCAAUCAUCAGGGACGGCUGGCUGGACUUUCUCAGUUCCAAGCGUCUGGUGACGCUGGCGCGAGGUCUGUCCCCAGCCUACCUGCGCUUUGGCGGGAAGCGGAGCGACUUCCUGCACUUUAACAACCAGAAGAACCUGGCUAAAUUCCGAGGGCCGGGACCCGACUACUACCUGAAGAACUACGAGGACGAUAUAGUGCGCAGUGACAUUGCACUGGACAAGCAGAAUGGUUGCAAAGUGGCUAACCACCCUGAUAUCAUGCUGGAGUUGCAGAGAGAGAAAGCUGCAAGCACACAGCUGGUCCUGCUGAAAGAGCAAUUGUCCAACAUCUACAGCAACAUCACAAUACCAGCCAGGUCUUUAGACAAAUUGUACAACUUUGCCGACUGUGCUGGUCUGCACCUGAUUCUGGGCCUCAACGCGUUGCAAAGAAACCCUGACAACUCCUGGAACACCUCCUCCACGCUGAGCCUCCUCAAGUACAGCGCUGGCAAGAAAUACAACAUCUCCUGGGAGUUGGGCAACGAGCCCAAUGCGUACCGCAGCAUGGUGGGCCGCACGGUCAACAGCACCCAACUGGCUCAGGACUAUGCAAAGCUACGAACCCUUCUCCAGUCUGUACGUUACUACAACCGAGCUCACCUUUAUGGCCCAAAUGCCGGAAGACCUCGGAGGAAUGCUAUCCUUCUUUUGGAUGGAUUCAUGAAGAAUGCCGGUUCCGUUGUUAAUGCAGUUACGUGGCAACAUUAUUUCCAGGAUGGCAGGGUGAAAAAUGUGGAGGAUUUCUUAAAAACACGUUUGUUGGAUACACUGAGCGAUCAGAUCACUAAAGUGGCCAAGGUUGUGAGCACACAUACUCCCGGUAAGAAGGUGUGGCUGGGUGGACUCGGUCCAGCAUGGGCAGGAGGCAUCAGUAAUCUGUCAGACACAUACGCUGGUGCUUUCCUGUGGGCUAACACACUGGGAAUGGCUGCUGUUCAUGGAAUUGACGUCAUUUUACGCCACUCAUUCUUUGAUUAUGGGUACACGCGUCUUGUAGACCAGCAUUUUAACCCCUUACCGGAUUACUGGUUCUCUCUGGUCUUCAAGCGUCUGGUUGGGCCAAGGGUUUUGGCAGUGCGUGUUGCCGGACUGCAAAGAAAGCCCCAACCAGGACGAGUUAUACGAGACAAACUUCGCAUUUACGCCCACUGUACCAGCUACUCCAAUCACAACUAUGUAAGAGGCUCCAUCACGAUCUACAUCAUCAACCUGCAUCGAUCACGGAAGAAAAUUAAGUUGGCAGGGACGCUUCGGAACAAGACGGUGCAUCAAUAUCUCUUGCAGUCCUAUGGCAACGACGGACUCAGAGCCAAACACGUGCAGCUGAACGGUGACAAGCUGUUCAUGCUGGACAAUGAGACAUUCCCAGAGUUGAAGCCCAAAACUUUGAGGGCGGGACGGACGAUAGCCAUGCCUCCCAUGACCAUUGGCUUCUACGUCGUGAAAAACAUUAACGCCUACGCCUGCCGAAGAUAACAUAGACUCACCCUUUUUUUUCUUUUUUUUUAUGAGGCCCAAAGCUAUGAACUUUAUUCUAUAAGAGACCUCAUUUGUUUGGUUCUCCCCUGCAAGACAAGGGAGGACACAGUGGACAGUUCCAGUAAGACAUCUUUCUUGGUCCCCGUUUCACUUAGACUUUUUUUAAAGGGGAACUGCACCUUAUUUGGAAUUUUACAAUCCUUAUGAGACAAGAAAACGUGUUUUUGUUUUGUUUUUGCAUUCUAAUUUGUCAACUCAUUCGAGGUGGCUAGCAAUGCAGCUAACGGGAACAAUCCAUUCUGCCUCGAAAUCACUCCAAAAACGCAUCCAAAAACCGCCAUUGAUUGAUUGAUUGAGACUUUUAUUAGUAGGUUGCACAGUGAAGUACAUAUUCCGUACAAUUGACCACUAAAUGGUAACACCCGAAUAAGUUUUUCAACUUGUUAAGUCGGGGUCCACUUAAAUUGAUUCAUGAUACAGAUAUAUACUAUCAGAUAUAUACUAUCAUCAUAAUACAGUCAUCACACAAGAUAAUCACAUUGAAUUAUUUACAUUAUUUACAAUCAGGGGUGUGGAGGAGGGGUAGGAUAUGGACAGCAAGUAGUGGACAUAGAGAGAGAUCAGAAGGCAUAAGAAAAAGUAUCUGCAUUUGAUUGUUUACAUUUGAUUAUUAGCAAUCCGGGGAGGGUGUUAGUUUAGGGUUGUAGCUGCCUGGAGGUGAACUUUUAUUGCGGUUUUGAAGGAGGAUAGAGAUGCCCUUUCUUUUAUUCCUGUUGGGAGCGCAUUCCACAUUGAUGUGGCAUAGAAAGAGAAUGAGUUAAGACCUUUGUUAGUUCGGAAUCUGGGUUUAACGUGGUUAGUGGAGCUCCCCCUGGUGUUGUGGUUAUGGCGGUCAUUUACGUUAAGGAAGUAGUUUGACAUGUACUUCGGUAUCAGGGAGGUGUAGCGGAUUUUAUAGACUAGGCUCAGUGCAAGUUGUUUUACUCUGUCCUCCACCCUGAGCCAGCCCACUUUGGAGAAGUGGGUAGGAGUGAGGUGGGAUCUGGGGUGGAGGUCUAGAAGUAACCUGACUAGCUUGUUCUGGGAUGUUUGGAGUUUAGAUUUGAGGGUUUUGGAGGUGCUAGGGUACCAGGAGGUGCAUGCGUAAUCGAAAAAGGGUUGAACGAGAGUUCCCGCCAGAAUCCUCAAGGUGCUUUUGUUGACCAGAGAGGAGAUUCUGUAGAGAAAUCUCGUUCGUUGGUUAACCUUUUUGAUUACCUUGGUUUUAGAUUACGUAUACAGAUUAAGUAUACAUACUGUAUACUUACGUUACAUAACCUUUAUAAAAACCAAACUGUAGCAACAUUGUUAUUGUAAGAGUGAACACUGAGGAAGUAUUUUUAAUAAAUAAAUGAUAAAUGGGUUAUACUUGUAUAGCGCUUUUCUACCUUCAAGGUACUCAAAGCGCUUUGACAGUAUUUCCACAUUUACCCAUUCACACACACAUUCACACACUGAUGGCGGGAGCUGCCAUGCAAGGCGCUAACCAGCAGCCAUCAGGAGCAAGGGUGAAGUGUCUUGCCCAAGGACACAACGGACGUGACUAGGAUGGUAGAAGGUGGGAAUUGAACCACAUGCUAUGGUAUUAGCCGUAAGCUAGCUUCUGCGUCAACAGCUGAAUCGCUUUUGCGUUUGUAAUGCACAACACAAUGCGAUAGGACACCUGAAAAACAUGAACAAUCAUACUACAGUAUCUGUAAAGUAUUAGCCCAUAUUUCAUGUUUUGUUAGUACACAGCUAGCUCGACAGCGUAUGUAGUAGUACUAACAAGCAUGAAGUGCUGCAUGUAUCAUGAUCAAUAUUAUAGUGACUUACUCGAUGGACAGUUGUCCGUUUGGUAAAGCUGGUCUUGAAUGUUUUCUUCCAGUUGACUUUGGAUAAGCGCUCCAUUCCUAUCGGCAUAGCUUGGCUCCGUCUGCUCCAACGUUUCAACCUCUUUUCAUGCUUGCGAAGCUUCUAUAACCAGCAGUACAUCCUCCAUAUAUUCAGCUUUAAAAAGAAAAGAUAAUGUUGUGAAUUCUCAUUUGUCCAAAAAUAGCCUUCAACGUCUAUUACCAAGUCUGUCAUUAUUAUAACACGUGCUUUUGUUUCCGGAAGUAGGAAGUGCGUUGUUAUGGGCACGGAAAUAAAUGUGCAGAGGAAAUAAGUUCUGGUAAUGCUUAAAAUGACCAAAUACGGUAAAUACAGUGACAAUCUACAACGUAAAUAGUCAUGCAAAUAAAGAAAACGCAUUGAAAUGAGAAGGUGUGUCCAAACUUUUGGCCUGUACUGUGUGUGUGUGUGUGUGU